GAUUAAAGUGAAAGCUGCCAGACAUGAUAAAACUGGAUAAAACAAGUAUUUUUCCUGCUGAUUUUGAUAUAAAAAGGAAAAAUAUUAUGAUUUAAUUUAUGCAUAAAUAAAAUUAUAAUCAAGUGAUAGGUAUAUUUACAAUUUGUUAUUUUCUAUAAUAAUUAAAAAAAUGCUGUCAAAAGGAUUAACUUGUACAACAUUUUUAACAACAAUAUUAAUUAUUAUUGUGGCAAUAUAUUACCGGCAAAAUGAGGAUGACCUUCGACCUCGUCUGUUGGCUGUUCUUCAAGGUUUAGAAAAACUAGAAAAUAAACAUGAAAUUAAAGUAAGACCAAAAGUUGCAAUUGGAUAUGGAGCAUGUGCUGAUGUUUAUAUUGAUGCUAAAAGUUUGUUACAUUAUUCAUCAUUAAAUGGUCAACCACAACAUUUUGAUGAGAUUAAUAAUCAUGAUGAAUUGCUCAAAAGUUUUGCAUAUUAUUUUAGACAUGGUGCUGCUGCUGAACGUUACAUGAGUGAUGACAAGUUGUUCAAUGAGAUUGUUGAUAAAGCAAGAUCAUAUUCAUCAUCAUAUUCAGCAAUUGGUGGUAAUGCACCAGUUAUGGCAAUGAGAUUUUCUAAAGAAGGCUGUGAUGUAUUGUUAGCAGCAAAAAUGACAGCUUCAUUGAAGCUUAUGUUACCAGAUGAUAUUGAAGUAGUUGGUGGUGAAGUUGAACAUGAUGAUGUUCAUUUAAUACUUGAAUAUAAACGUGGUGAGACUUGGGGACCAUAUACAAGUGCAAGAGCAAAUAGAUAUAUACUACACAAUGAUAAAAAUAAUCCUAUGAUAAGUUCACUUGAAGAAUUUGAUAAAAUAUUACCAAAAUUUAAACCAAAUUUAUUUAUUGUUGGUGGAUUACAAAUGAUGGAUAGUUAUCCAUUUGGUCCUGGUAUACGUAAACAAAGAUUAAAUAAAAUAAAACAACAAAUGAUUAAUCAAUUAUCAUCAACAAAAGUACAUUUUGAAAUGGCAUCAUUUGUUGAAAAAAAUAUGUUAUUUGAUCUACAAGAUAUGAUUAUACCAUAUGCUGAUAGUCUUGGUAUGAAUGAACAAGAAGCAGCAAAUCUUUAUAAUACAUUGUAUUAUGGUAAUGUAUCAUUAGUUGCUGAUUCAUCACCAAGAGUUGCAACAAUUUUAGAUUAUACAAGAACAUUAUUUAAAUUAAUUAGAGAAAAAAGUGAGGUCAUUGAAAAUUCAAGAAGCUUAACAAGAAUUCAUGUACAUACAUUAGCUUAUCAAGCAAUAUUAACUGUUAAAAAUUCUAUUUGGAAAAAUACAAUGGCUGCUGCUGCUAAGGCUUCUCUAGUUGCACAUCGUCAUGUUUGUGGAACAAGUACUAUUGAUGUUGCUAAAGCAACUUUAAUUAUGGAUGAUAGUUUUACAACAUCAAAAAUAUCUGGUAAACGAAUUGCUAUGAAUGUAAAAAAACCAGUUUCUUGUUGGGAUGAAAUUAUUAAAAAUAAUAAACAAGAUAUACCUGUUGAAAUUUGUGUUGCACCAGUAUUGGUAUGCACUGAAGCUAGUCAAACUGCUGGUGGUGGUGAUAAUAUAUCAAGUGCCGGUCUGGUACUACAAAUUUAAUCUCAAUAAUUAUAUAUAUAUUUUUAAUCAUUUAUCUAUUUUGCAUUUAAAAGCUGCAAUGUUGUUUAUUUAAUUUACUAAAUUUUUAAUUAUAAAUUGCAUUCCACUGCAUUGAUAUUUGCAUUUGUAAUUUUAAGGAAUAAAUUUUAGUCAAGUUGAGCAAUGUGAUAAACCGUUUUUGUGCCAUAGGGAGCUUGUGUUCAAAAGUGAUGAUCAAUUUCGGAUAAUCACAUUGUUAAAAACAAGAAAAUGUUUUUCUAUUGAUCAACAAUUAAAAAUUUUAAUUAUGAAAUUCAAUAUUUAUCUGUAUUUAAAUUAUUAAAACAAAUAUUUUCUUUUUUUUUUUUAUAUAUCAUUGUUGUAUUAAAUAAUUAUACAGUACACUAAUAAAUACGUACUUGAAUUGAUGA